UAAACACCCGCCAAAAACCUCCUUCGUUCCAAUCAUGCUGCCUGGAAACUGAGUGUGUUUUCUCCCAAACAAGAAGCAGUUUAUUUUAAAAGAUGGCAGUGAAUAGCUGUGUGACUGUGGUGCAGCUCGGCUCAGAGAAUCAGCAUCAGUCUGAGGUUCAUCUGUUGCCCUGCGACAUCGAGUAUGAUGGACCCGCACAAGUGGCCGAGUUUUUCGCACCAACAGUGAAGGAGAUAAGGCCUGAAAAGACCGUCUCAUUUAGGGGUCGAGGGCUGAAAGGGCAGGAAGUAAUGCAUCCUGAGGGCUACACGGGACUGGUGCUGAAGGAGGUUCAGAGACCCUCAUCUGAUCAAGAAGACCGAGUUGUUAAAGUUUCUUCAGGUUUUCACAGUUUCACAUAUUGGAAUUUGGAGACUCCUCCCACAUCAGACGAUCGUAUCAUUAUGGCAAUGACAUGGCCAAAAUUAGCAGAGAUGAUGCAUGCACCAGUGGACGACUGAAAGCUUUAUCAAGACACAUUUUUCACCCAGUAUACAGUUCCACUUUCGUCUGUGUGUGCAGUCCCUGAAAUAAUUGAUAAUUCUGUAUAUUUCUGCAUUCUGUUAUGUUCUCCUUUCCACAUGAUUGUGUAGAAAAAAUAUACACAUAUAGUCUGAGAAAUAAAAAACAGAUGACUCAGCAAUUAGUAAAA